AUGAAACCUAAACCAAAAAUUGAAACUAAUAAUACAAUUGAUUUAUUAUCAAGGACAACUCAAAAUCUCAAUUCUUAUCAAUAAGAUCUCCUAAAUACAGUUCGGAGCAUCAAUUCAAAGUCCAAUUCCAACCCCAAUAUUUUUUGGAAAGAAGUUCUCAAACAAAAGUAUACUCAAGACUCACCCCUGAAAAGGAGGCAAUAGAAAAAUAUGGAAAUAGCAACUGCAUUGCAAAAGCAAAAUCAGAUUAUCCUAUCAAAAUACUAUAAACCUUAGAACAAUCAAUCGAAAAGUUAAUAAACUUUGUUGUUAAAUCAACUUGUCGCCAAAAUAAAUCCGAGUAAUGAAAUCAAUAUGUUCAAACAAUCUUAACCAUCCUCAAUUGAUCCUAGACCCCUUACAUCCAAAAUCAAUUAAACAAACUCUGCUUAAAACAGAAGAUAAGAAUCAAUAGGAUCCAAAUAUCAAAAUGUUUAUGAUGGAAUAUAUCAGAAACCAAAGAAAGUACACUCACAUUAGAUAUCUCCGGUGCACUCAAGGCAAUUAUCCUUAUAGCAACCUUAAUCAAUAACAAAUAGAGUAUAAAAAUAUUUUGAAAGCAUUAAAUUUAAUACAGAAGAUGUCUAAUUUUAGUACUACUUAGGAAAAAUCAAGGCAGUUUUCACUCAGCCUUGUAAAGAUGAUUACUUUAGUUCUCUCUACAGAGACCAUUUCUUUUAAACUUAUUAAGGGAUUUAUGCAGCAUCUCAUCUAAGACUAGCUGAUCCAAAUGAUUUCAAAAGGAAAGCAGUCAAAAUUAAGAGGAAAGAAUAACAUAUAGAUAAAAUCUCUGUGAUCUUUGAUUUGGAUGAAACUUUAGUUCAUUGCAAUGAGUCAAUAUUGUAGAAAUCUGAUUUCCAUUUGAAUAUCAAGGUGAGUCCCAAUUUAAUGGUUAAAGCUGGAGUCAACAUACGGCCAGGAGCAAUUGAAUUAUUGGAGUCUUUGGUAGAGCACUUUGAAAUUAUAGUAUUCACUGCUUCACAUUAAUGUUAUGCUAAACAAGUAUUGGAUUAUUUAGAUCCUGAAAAUAAGUUGAUUUCACAUAGAUUUUUUAGAGAUAGUUGCUGUUAAACAACAGGAAGUAUGUAUACUAAAGAUUUGAGAAUAUUUGACAGACCAUUAAGUCAAAUGGUUUUAGUUGAUAAUGCAUCUUACAAUUAUGCUUGGUAAUUGGAUAAUGGAAUACCUAUUGUUCCAUUUUAUGAUAAUAAAGAUGACCGAGAACUUUGGGGGUUAUAGACUUAUUUAAUGGGAAUGCGAGGGGUUUCAGAUGUUAGAGAGUACAAUAGAAACAAAUUGAAAUUAAACCAAUUCUAUGAUGCCUCUAGUGCUGCUGGUGUUUUUGAAAAGCUUUUUCAAUAAAAAAUGGAAAUAUGA